CUUACAAAAUCAUUGAAAAGCAAAUCUGAUUAUAUUAACAUUCAGAACGAUGCAGGAUUGAGUCCGUAUGUUUGACAAUAAAUGAACAAGAAGGCAACAACUUCCCAUUGCACCUUGAAAUUCAGGAAAUUUUGUACGAUUUUUUACAGGGUUCCGUGACACAGAUUCUUCAAUAAAAACUCUUGUCAUGGUAAAAUGGCCUAUUCACUAUCAACAGUAUAUUUAAUGUGUCGUUCUAUGCAUAAUUGGCCCAUGUUGCAAAUUAAUGUUUAUUUUAUUAACGUGACGUGAAAGUGGUACAAUUAUGCGUGGAACGCAAAAAUAAAGUGUCAGUGUUAAAAAAAAUAGUUAGGAAUAUCUAAGUUAAGUUUUUUGUACGAACACCUAACGCCAUCCCAUUCCCAUGCCAACCAAAGACGACCGCGUUGACAGCCAUGGCAAGACACGACCCAGAGAGACCGGGCCCGUAACGAUGCGCUCCAAUGACGCUUGUUUUCUAGAGAAAAUAAACAAAUCGUCGGCCAACACUCACUGCUGGCGCUGGCACGUGUUCGUGUGUGUGUGCGCCGAAUCUACAAACUGACAAUUUGCAGACGUAUCCGCGUCUAAUUUCAUUCAUGUCGGUUCCAUUUUUCAUUUUUUUUUUUCAUUUUGUUUGUACGCCAAAAUCGAAAGUGACAGUUUUGGGUGUACGACACCGAUUCGCGGGGCCGCCAAAAGACCGAUCAGAUGUCGCUGCGAGCGUGCUCGGUUUGACAGCUGAUUGCGGCGGCUAAACGUUAACGAAAGCGUUUUUGAUCUUUUGGCUUUACAACCUGACAAGGUAGUGAAAAUGUUUGUUUUUUCGGCCGCUGGUUUUCACGAGCGUCACGUUCCGGCGUGACUUUUAUGGGAUCCAGCAAUAAUCACGCACCAACGAGUGGUGAUCGCUUGAGUGACCAAUAUCAACAAGCUUCGAUUCAUAGAGCUGCUUUGAAGACUGUUUAAAGCGAUUUAUAGAUACAUUUUCUUACGGUGAUCUUGAAUAUUGAUCUUUCUCGUUAAAUCUGGAUCGGAAACUCGUGUCGAGCAGUUCAAGCAAAAUGUUUACGAACCCAAGGAAAUGAACCACGAGAGAGAGGUUAGCACGGUUUCGUUUAUUUCGCACGGUCUUUAAGUUUGUUUACACUUUUGUCUCCGCUUCCAACCGCCUCCACUGCCAUCUACCGGUCAGAGUUGAUACUCCUAAAUUGGACCAACAAAAAGUUGUGAAAAACAGUAGAAAAUGUGUCCAAAUACCCUAAUUUCAGAAGGAAAACUCUACACGAAGAAAAUUUUCAACUCAUCCAGUCCAGUCCAGCUUUCCUUGGUAGGAGGAAACCCAACAAAGUGGCAAAUUGGUCAUUAGCUCCGACCAAGUGGAGGGUGAAAAUUGUGCGGGAAAAUGCUUGGAAAGGAUACCUCAAACGGCUGCGAGCACUGAUAUUUCACCCGAGGACCAUGGACGCGGUGCGCUUCUCGAUAAUCGAAAACGAGAUGAAAUGGGAGGACGAGUACCGGAUGUACUACGCGGACGGCGAAGCCGUCGAAUCCGGCCACGCGCUGAACGGCUCUCCGUCCACAUCCCGCUACCGGCUGAGCAUUUCGAGCGAGAGUGACGUCGCGGGGGUGGAGAUAUCCUCGCCAAAUCAGCAGCCCCACGACCUGUGCUCCGGUAGCCGCGAGGGUCAGGACGAAAUCUGGGCCUACUCGGAGAUCGAAGCUGCACUGAAGGAACUGCCGGACGCGGACCGGAUCGGCGAGCUGCUCGACAGUUUGGUGCCGGUGGGCGAUGUUUUGGUGGACUAUGGGUUUGCGCUCGAUAGUACGCUGCUGCUGGCCGUUUGGGCGAGCAAACACGACAUGUUGGGGAAGAUGGUGAAGGGGUUGGGGGUGGACGUGAAUGCGAGUGACUGCUGGGGUCGAACGGCGCUGCAUUUGGCGUGCUAUAUUGGGGAUUACCGGGCGGUUGAGCUGCUGCUGCAAGCUGGUGCUAGGGCCCAGUGCUGGGAUAAGCAGAGGAAGGCAACUCCGCUGCACUGUGCGGCGAGCUGCGGAAGUGUCGAGUGCAUUGGCUUGCUACUGGCGAAGGGCGCGGACAUCAACGCCGGCAUCGAGAAACAUUCCCCGCUGCACUACGCCGUCCAGCGGAACAGCAAACGGUGCGUCGAAUAUCUGCUCAAGAACGGUGCCAACCCGAACACUCCCCAGGUGUACACGCAGACGCCGUUGCACGUGGCGGCCUCGAACGGGUUCGUCGAGUGCAUGGACUUGCUGCUGAACAACGGUGCGGACGCACGAUCGCAGUACGGCCAGAAGAAGAUCACUUCGUUACAUCUGGCUGCGUCCGAGAACUACCUGGAGUGUGUGAAGUUGUUGUUGAACGCUGGAGCGGACAUCGACGCCCGCAACAAGGACCAGCAGACGCCACUUCAUCUGGCCUGUCUGUCCCAGUGUCACGAAACGGUCACCUACUUGAUCAGCAAGAACGCUGACGUCCACGCGGUCUACCGAGAUGGGAGAACCGCUCUGCACGCGUCCAUCGUCAAAGAGUCCCGCUUCUGGGACACCACUCUGAGUCUGCUGAAGGCCAAGGUGGACGUCAACCGGGCGGACAACUUUGGCUACACCCCGCUCCACAUCGCGGCCCUCAACGAGUUCAGCAGCUGCGUCUUCCUGCUGAUCGAGUACGGCGCGGACAUCACCGCUCGAACCAACGGCGGAGUGUCCGCCCUGUCCUUCAUCAUCCGACGAACCCCGGAAAUCAUCCCCAAGUACAUCGACAAGCUGGACACCGCCAUCAGCGUCAACAGCAUCCACGAGAUCGGCGACGUCGACUGCGAGAUCCGGCUCGACUUUCGGCUUCUCGUGCCGAACAACGAUCGCGGCGAAACCGAACUCCUGCUCGCCUUCAUCGAGGUCGGCCAACGGCGCAUCCUGAAGCACCCACUGUGCGAAACGUUCCUCCUUCUAAAGUGGCGUCGCAUCCGCAAGUUCUUCCUGUUCAGCCUGUUCUUCCACGGCCUGUUUGUGCUGCUCUUCACCGCGUACGUCCUCGGCGUGUACGUCAAGGACUGCCGGACGCUGUCUUGCCGCACGGCGCCGUACAUUCCCGUCCUCGGCUACAGCGUCAUCUUCCAGAAUCUGACCCUGAUGACGAAGGAGAUAUUCCAGAUGAUGCACGGGUUCGUGGGGUACGUGCGCUACUGGGAGAACUGGCUGCAGUGGAGCAUCGUCGUCGGGGUGUUUCUGUGCACGGUGAGAAUUUCCCUUAUCCUCUUUAAAAAAGUGCACAUGGUAAAAUUCCCUAAUCCUUUCCAGCAAAACCCGACGGCCGAAAUCAGCACCGUGCCCAUCUGGCAGCAUCACGUGGCGGCGAUCGUCAUCUUCCUGGCCUGGCUCGAGCUGAUGAUGCUCGUCGGACGCUUCCCGGUGUUCGGUCUGUACGUGCAGAUGUUCACCACUGUGGCCGUCAACUUUUCCAAGUUCCUGAUGGCGUACUGCUGCCUGCUGAUUGCGUUUGGUCUGAGCUUUUGCGUACUUUUCCCAAACUACAUCGCGUUCAAGCAGAUCCUCCGCGGGCUGCUCAAGACGAUCGUGAUGAUGGCCGGUGAGCUGGAGUUUGAAGAUAUCUUCUACGGGGGAAGCAUACAGAUUCAGUACCCGGGAACCGCCCACGGCAUGUUCCUGGCGUUCGUCCUGCUGGUUACGGUCAUUCUGACGAAUCUGCUCGUCGGUCUAGCCGUCAGUGACAUCCAGGGACUGCAGCAAUCUGCCGGAUUGGAUCGACUCUCGAGGCAAGCCGAGCUGAUAUCACGGCUGGAGAGCCUCAUGUUCUCGAAGCUGCUGCGGAAGGCUCCGAUUCGGCUGUGGGCGAUAUUCCAGAAGAUCGCCCUUCUAAAGACUUCGCGCUUUCGGUUGCACUUUCGCGUCAAGCCGAAUGAUCCUCGGGAGAAAAGGAUCCCCAAGGAACUGAUCACCUCGAUCUACAAGCUGGUGGCGGAACGCCGCGAGCGGAACCAAUCGAUGAAGCGCAAACGCACCCACCGGAACAUGCAAACGUUCCGCGAGCUGCUCGAGGAGGACGCGGCGGCGAUGGUGACGCUGCGGAGGCAACGCUUCAAGAAUCGCACCAGCAACAAGAACCGAACCGUGUCGGAGAGUCCGUAUCUGGCCUCCGGGGUCGGUGGAAGGUCCGUGCAUGGAUCGUCGACGUCGCAUCAGUUGAAGGCCCUUGAAGAGGGGCAGAAGUUGAUACUGAUGAAGCUGGCCGAGCUCGGCAAGGAGGUGGACAGUUUGAGGGCGAAAGUGAAGACCGGUUGAAGGGUUGGGCUUGCAUGAA